AUGAACUUCUUUAGGCAAGUCAGACUUCUACUCUGGAAGAACUGGAUCCUUCGGAAAAGACAAAAGCUUCGUUUUCUAGUGGAGCUUGUAUGGCCUCUGACAUUGUUUCUUGCACUUGUCUGGCUGAGGAAAGCUAAUCCACUGUAUCGCCAACAUGAAUGUCACUUCCCAAACAAGGCAAUGCCAUCAGCAGGAACAUUGCCAUGGUUACAUGGCAUCUUCUGUAACAUGAACAAUCCUUGUUUUCGCAGCCCAACCCAUGGAGAGGGUCCAGGUGUGGUGUCCAACUACAACAAUUCCAUCCUUGCAAGGGUAUAUAAAGAUGCUCAGGAGCUUUUACUGGAAGCUCCUGAAGUCCGUGACCUUGGAAGAAUCUGGGAAGAACUGAUCAUUAUGACUCAAUUUAUGGAAACAAUGAGAACUAAUCCUGAAAGAAUUGCAGGAAGAGGAAUACGAAUUCUAGACAUUUUGAAAGAUGGGGAGACCCUCACUUCCUUCUUGCUAGAAAAUGUUGGCCUCACAGAUUUUGUUGUUUACCAGCUUAUUAAUGCUCAAGUGCGCCCUGAACAGUUUGCCUAUGGUGUCCCUAACUUGACUCUGAAGGACAUUGCUUGCAGUGAGAUGCUCCUGGACCGCUUUAUUAUCUUCAGCAGCCGAAGAGGUCUCCCUUCUGUACACAAGGCCAUGUGUGCCCUGUCCCAGGACAGUCUUCAAAGAGUAGAAGAUGCCUUGUAUGCAAAUGUUGAUUUCUUUAAGCUAUUUCAGCUGCUUCCCACCGUGUUGGACAGAAACUCACCAGGUGCUGACCUGAAGGCCUGGGGGAGGGUGCUGUCUAAUGUCUCCCAAACAGUGCAAAAGCUGGUCAGGAAGCCAAGUGUUCAGGACCUUUUGAGGGUUCUGCAGCCAUUUGUACAAGAUGGAAGGCCAGAAUCCUUAGGCCACUUGGUGAGUUCCUUGUCGGAUCUUUUCUGUGGCUACCCAGAAGGAGGUGGAUCCCGAGUGCUUUCCUUCAACUGGUAUGAAGAUAACAACUACAAAGCUUUCCUGGGGAUUGACACAACAAGGAAGAAAUCUGGUUAUCUUUAUGAUAAUACAACCACACCCUUUUGUAAUGCAUUGAUCCAGAACUUGGAAUCAAACCCUUUAACCAAAAUAGCCUGGAGUGCUGUGAAGCCCCUGCUGAUGGGAAAAAUUCUGUUUGCUCCUGAUUCACCUUCCGUACGGGAAAUCAUAAAAAAUGCAAACUCCACUUUUGAGGAACUUGAACGUCUCCAGCUGUUGACCAAAGCUUGGGAGGAAGUAGGACCUCAGCUGUGGUACUUCUUUCAAAACAGCCUGCAAAUGAAUAUGAUCCGUGACUCUCUGAAGCACCCUACAGUGAGGGAGUUCCUGAACAGCCAGAUGGGUGCAGAAGGCUUCACUGCAGAACAUAUAAUCAACUUUCUCCACAACGGAUCUUCGGGGAGCCGGGAAAAGGGAAUGGUGGACUUUGACUGGCGGAACAUCUUCAGUGCUGUAGACCAAGUUCUGCGUUUGCUCAGUCAGUAUUUGCAGUGUUUGACCUUGGAUAAAUUUGAAGGUUAUCUUGAUGAAACUCAGCUGACUCCUCAAGCCCUUUAUCUGCUGGAGGAAAACAAAUUAUGGGCUGCUGUGGUUUUUCCAGACUUAGAACCUACAACCAGCAAUCUCCCACCACACGUGACAUACAAGAUCCGAAUGGACAUAGACGCAGUGGAGAAAACAAACAAAAUCAAAGACAGGUACUGGGAUCCUGGUCCACGAGCUGAUCCUGUGGAUGAUUUACGUUAUAUCUGGGGAGGCUUUGCAUAUCUGCAGGACAUGAUUGAGCGUGGGAUUAUAGAGACACAGACCAGCACUGAAGUGCCAUUGGGAAUUUAUCUGCAGCAAAUGCCGUAUCCAUGCUUUGUGGAUGAUGUCUUCAUGAUCACUUUAAACCGAGCCUUUCCCAUCUUCAUGGUGCUAGCUUGGAUAUAUUCAGUGUCCAUGACUGUGAAGAGUAUAGUGCUGGAGAAGGAAAUGCGUCUGAAAGAGGCUAUGAAGAACAGGGGCAUAACCAACGGCGUGAUUUGGUGCACUUGGUUUCUAGACAGCUUUUCCAUGAUGGCUGUGAGCACAUUCCUCCUCACAGCUCUGAUUAUGCAUGGACAAGUGCUACAUUAUAGCAAUCCACUUCUCUUCUUUCUAUUCUUACUGACAUUCACCACAGCCACCAUAAUGCAGUGUUUCUUGUUCAGCACCUUCUUCUCCAAAGCAAAUCUGGCAGCUGCCUGCAGUGGAGUCAUCUACUUCACCUUGUACCUGCCCCACAUUGUCUGCUUUGUCUGGCAAGACCGUCUGACUGUUAAUCUGAAGAUCCUAGCAAGUCUGCUUUCUCAAGUAGCCUUUGGGUUCGGUACGGAAUACUUGUCACGCUAUGAAGAACAAGGUCUUGGCCUACAGUGGGGUAACAUCAGAACCAGUCCCUUGGAGGGAGAUGAAUAUAGUUUUCUUUUUUCUAUUAACAUGAUGCUUUUUGAUGCCUUUCUCUAUGGAAUACUUUCUUGGUAUCUCGAUAACGUUUUUCCAGGGGACUAUGGGUUACCACAGCCUUGGUAUUUCCCUGUGCUGGAAUCCUAUUGGCUUGGCCCCAGAAGCCCAGAAGCUGAGAAAACAGCAGCUGCUGAUGAAAAAACUCCAGAAUCAGAAGGUUGUGUGGAUCAGAAGACCAUGGAAAGGGAAAAAAAUGAAAGCAACACAAAUAAAUCUGAAGAACCUGAAAAGACAGAAGAAAAGAGUGACAGCCAGGGGAAGAAGGAGGGUAAAAACAAACAAUGUAAACACAAACGAGAAAAAGAACCCGGCGAGCAGGGGAAGCCUAAGACAGAUGUCCAGGACAAAGAUGAAAUUAAUAUAAAUACCUUCUUUGAGCCCGAGCCCACAGGACUGAUUCCAGGAGUAUGCAUUCAGAACCUGGUGAAGAUUUUUGCGAACAGGCCCAAGCCAGCAGUAGACGGGAUAAAUAUUACUUUUUAUGAGGGUCAGAUCACAGCCUUCCUUGGUCACAAUGGAGCAGGAAAGACAACUACCAUGUCCAUACUGACAGGCCUGUUCCCACCCACAUCUGGAACUGUGCUGGUUGGUGGCCUGGACAUCCAGACUCACAUGGACUCCAUUCGGCACAGAUUAGGGAUGUGCCCUCAGCACAACAUCUUAUUCAACCACCUUACUGUAGCAGAGCACAUCUUGUUUUAUUCUCAAUUGAAAGGAAGAUCCAGGGAAGAAGCUGAGCAAGAGCUGGAAACAAUGCUGGAAGACAUGGGCCUCACCCAUAAAAGAAAUGAAGAAGCUCAGAAUUUGUCAGGUGGAAUGCAAAGGAAACUGUCUGUUGCCAUUGCUUUUGUGGGUGAAGCAAAAGUGGUAGUCUUGGAUGAGCCCACUUCUGGAGUUGAUCCGUAUUCCAGGCGAUCCAUCUGGGAUCUUCUGCUGAAAUAUCGCCCAGGCAGAACUAUUAUCCUGUCAACCCAUCAUAUGGAUGAGGCAGACAUCCUUGGAGACAGAGUAGCCAUCAUAUCCCAAGGGAAACUCUUCUGCUCAGGCUCUCCUGUAUUCCUAAAGAACUGUUUUGGCUCUGGCUUUUAUCUCACCCUCGUUCGCAAAAUGAGAACCACGAAAAUGGGAAGGGCUACAUCAUUUUGUAGCUGUGGAUCUCAGUGCUCCUGCUCCUGCUCCAGCUGUAUGCACAGGGGUGAAGAAGGAGCUCCAGAGAUGGAACUGGAUGGAGAUCUAAAUGAGCUAGCAGAAGUAAUCCACCAUCAUAUCCCAGAAGCAAAAUUAAUUGAAAGCAUUGGUCAGGAACUGAUUUAUCUUUUGCCCAAUAAAAACUUUAAACAACGAUCUUAUGCCAGUCUCUUCAGAGAACUGGAGGAAACGUUGGAUGACCUGGGACUCAGCAGUUUUGGAGUUUCAGACACACCACUUGAAGAGGUUUUCCUAAAGGUCACAGCAGAAGCUGACCCUGAAAUGCAAAAAACAGGAGAUACUCAAGAAAAUGGUUCUGCUCUUGGCAAAACUCCUACUGAGAACAAACCAGCUGAGCAAACCGCCCUGAAAACUAAUGACACUUCUCGAAUGCCAGUAGGCAGAGCAGGAGAUCAAAAUGAAGGCAAAGGGUCCCGACAGUAUAAAGGCUUUCAGCUUGUACAUCAGCAGAUCAAAGCACUGCUCAUCAAACGCUUCCACCGCGCCUCCCGCAGCCACAAGGACUUCCUAGCACAGGUAUUGACUGACUUGUGCCGUUCUAGAUUCUUUCCCACAACAUUCUCAAUGUGCCAUAUGGUUUUCCUUCUCUAGUUGCUAUGUGUAUUACAGUACAAUGGUUUGAAAAAAUAUUUCAUAAAGAAAUUCCUGUCUUAUUCCCUCAGCAAUGAACGUCCUGGCAAUGAGCAGAUGGUCUCCCUUACUCAUGCUUUCUUGAAUAAACCAGGAUUUGGAAUUCGCUGUAUGAAGAAUCAACCUCUUUUGAGCUACCCAUGCAAUAACAUGCCAACUGCCUGGGACACACCUGCUGUUCAUCCUAACCUUAGCAGCCUCCUGCUGAGCCAGCAGUGGAGCCCUGAGAAUCCAUCACCUUCCUGCAAGUGCAGCACUCACAAGAAACUCACUAUGCUGCCAGAAUGCCCUGCAGGUGCAGGAGGCCUCCCACCACCACAGAGAGUGCAACGCAGCACAGAAAUUCUUCAAGAUCUGACCCACAGAAAUAUUUCAGAUUUUCUGGUGAAAACAUAUCCCACUUUGAUAAAAGGAAGCUUGAAGAGUAAAUACUGGGUCAAUGAGCAAAGAUAUGGAGGAAUUUCUAUAGGAGGAAGGCUUCCAGUCCUUCAUGUUUCUGGAGAUCAAAUUGUCAAUUUUUUAAGUGAUCUUGGCCGAAUGAUGAAUGUGACAGGAGGACAAACUUCACUGGCUGCUGCUAAAGAAAUCCCUAAUUUCCUUAAAUACAUGGAAACUGAAGACAAUAUUAAGGUGUGGUUUAACAAUAAAGGCUGGCAUGCUAUGGUUAGCUUCCUCAAUGUAGCCAAUAAUGCAAUCCUCAGAGCUAAUCUGAGGACUGGCCAAGACCCUGAGGAACAUGGGAUCACUGCUAUAAACCAUCCUCUGAACCUCACCAAGGAGCAACUCUCUGAAGUCACUGUGCUGACCACUUCAGUGGAUGCUGUUGUUGCCAUCUGUGUGAUUUUUGCCAUGUCCUUUAUACCAGCCAGUUUUGUUUUAUAUCUGAUCCAAGAGCGUGUAACAAAAGCCAAACAUCUCCAGUUUGUCAGUGGUGUGAGCCCUGUUACCUACUGGCUAACUAACUUCAUGUGGGACAUAGUGAAUUAUGCACUGAGUGCUGGGAUGGUUGUGGCUAUAUUUGUUGGAUUCAACAAGAAAGCAUAUGCCUCUCCAACCAAUCUCCCUGUGCUUGUGUCCUUGCUGCUCCUGUAUGGAUGGGCAGUAAUUCCCAUGAUGUACCCUGCUUCUUCUUUCUUCAGUAUCCCCAGCACUGCUUAUGUUGCAUUGUCUUGUAUUAAUCUCUUUGUGGGAAUCAACAGCAGUGCCAUUACAUUCAUCCUGGAAUUAUUUGAAAAUAACCCGUCUUUGCUGAAGUUUAAUAAAACAUUGAAAAAUGUACUGCUUGUCCUCCCACAUUUUUGUUUGGGCCGUGGACUCAUCGACUUGGCCAUGAACCAAGCUGUGACUGAAGUAUAUGCAAGGUUUGGUGAGGAGCAUAUUUCUGAUCCCUUUCAGUGGGAUUUUGUUGGAAAGAAUCUGGUUGCCAUGGCUCUUCAAGGAGUUGUGUUCUUCUUUCUGAAUCUCUUUAUGCAGCACCAUUUGUUCUCCACAAGAUGGUUUGCUCAGACUGCCAUGUCACCUAUUAUUAAUGAAGACGAGGAUGUUGCAGAAGAAAGAAAAAGAAUUAUGAAUGGAGGAAACAAAACAGAUAUCUUACAAUUACAAGAACUGACCAAGAUUUAUGCAGGUCAACACAAGCCUGCAGUGGACAGACUCUGUGUUGGCAUCCGUCCUGGAGAGUGCUUUGGCCUUUUGGGAGUGAAUGGUGCUGGCAAAACAACAACAUUCAAAAUGCUGACCGGAGAUACUGAUGUGACAUCUGGAGAUGCUGUAGUUGCUGGCAAUAGUAUAUUGACCCACAUUUCUAAUGUCCAUCAAAACAUGGGAUACUGCCCUCAGUUUGAUGCCAUUGAUGACCUGCUCACAGGACGGGAACACCUCUAUUUAUAUGCACGCUUGAGGGGGGUUCCAGCAGAAGAAAUCAAGAGGGUUGCUGAAUGGGGCAUCCAGAAGCUGGGACUCCCUAUGUACGCAGACCACCUGGCAGGGACCUACAGUGGUGGCAACAAGCGCAAGCUCUCCACUGCCAUUGCCCUGAUAGGCUGCCCACCACUCGUCUUGCUAGAUGAACCAACUACGGGGAUGGACCCUCAGUCCCGGCGCCUCCUGUGGGACUCCAUUGUUGGCGUGCUCAGGGAUGGGAGAGCGGUGGUUCUAACCUCACACAGUAUGGAAGAAUGUGAAGCCCUCUGUACUCGUUUAGCCAUCAUGGUGCAAGGUACCUUCAAAUGCCUAGGCACAAUUCAAGAACUAAAAUACAAGUUUGGAGAUGGCUACAUUGUCACUCUGAAAAUCAAAGCUCCAAAGUCUGGGCUGCCUCCAGAUCCUGCUCCUGCUGAGAAAUUCAUACGCAUCAACUUCCCAGGGAGUUUACAGAGAGAGAAACACUACAACAUGCUGCAGUAUCAGAUUUGCUCUUCCUCUCUGGCUAAGAUUUUUCGAUUAAUAAUCUCCAAUAAGGAAAACUUGCAUAUUGAAGAAUAUUCUGUAUCUCAAACAACAUUAGAUCAGGUUUUUGUGAACUUUGCUAAACAGCAGAUGGAGGAUGAGGAAAUUCCUUUGCAUCCACGUGCAGCUGGAGCCAGCCGAGAAACCAAGGUGUCCCCAGCUCUGCAUCAGCAGGCAGUUGCAUAGACUGCUCCUGCAGCCUCCAGGCUUAGUGUGUGCACAGUGCAAACAUGUGCCAUACCAGAGCAGAGCAAGGGUAAAACAAAGGUUUGCACACUCAGUAUUACACUGAUUUUUUUGCACCUUUCUGAGCACUGUGCUCUCAACAGCAAUAACCCUAGCAACAGCCAACUUCUACUGCUCUACCAGUAACACUACAUGCUGACAGUGUCAAAGGAAAGGCAGGCCCUUGUUAUAGAAUUAAAUCCUCCUCUAACAGAAAGUCCAUUAUAAGAUACAAUAAGAGAAGUCUCAUUCCCCCUUUUGACAUAUAAAUAACAUCAAAGAUGGAUUCUCUAUCUAAUACUUUCAGGCCAGCAGGUUUUUCUUGUUUAACCCUUAUGGCAACUGCUACGAGUCAGGAGACGGGUCCCAAGGCUGAGAGCAUUGCCCAUCUUAGAAGCAGAUUCCUGCCACACACGGGAUUAUCAAGGUCAGAACAGUGCUGGCUGAUGGGGCUAGUCCUGGGAGAUUGCUUCACUGGCUCACCAGGCUGCCAGUGAAAACAGACGGUUGUCUCAGUAAGAAUGAAAGGAAUUAAUUCAGAGCUCAGACCCAGACAAGAAACUUGCUUUUAAAAAAAUUAAUUAAAAUGAUCUCAUACUCAUCUUCAAGUUGCCUCAAAUAGAGGCCAAAUGUCAAAAUGGAGAUUAAAAAGAAAGAGGCCAAAUGUCAAAAUGGAGAU